AUGGCUGGAGCAGUAGGUAAAACGUCGCAGAAGCCAGGGUCAGAGGUGGAUGGGCAGCAAGGUGUGGGGCGCACACUGUCGGGCAACGUGCUGUACCUGGCGGUGGUGGGGCUGUCGCUGCGCGUGCGUGGACCGGCCUACCUGGUGUACGCGGCGCUGGUGCAGCUGUGCGCCGCCGUUUACGUGGCCGUCGGUCUGUUCAGCAUCCACACCGCCCGAGGGGACGUGGACGCCAUUUCGCACACGCUGAUGCACAUACUCGAAGACGUCUCCGGUAUGACCAAGGCGGCGCUCUUCUUCAGCAAGAGGCAGUCCUUUUACCGUCUGGUGCGCGACCUGGAUCUGAUGGUGUCCGAGGACUGGGACCGCCCCGAGCUGGAGUCCGCACGCCGCUGGGCCCGCUGGAUGACCGUGUCGCUGAGUGUCUACAUCUACGCCGUCAUCCUGCUGUGGCUGCCGGCGCCGCUGCUGGCCGGCGGCGACCAGAAGCUGCUGCCGGUGGUGCAGAUCGAGGGAGUGGACUGGUCGCUGUGGCCCGGCGCGUACGCCGCGCUCUACGCCCUGCAGUGCGCUGUGCUCCUCACCCAGGUGCCCGUCGUCAUCGGCCUGGACUGCUUCUUCGUGGCGGCCAUGCUGCACGUGGGGGCCCUCCUGCAGCUGCUUGGGCAGCGCAUCUCUGGACUGCGGCUCUCUGGUGACGGUGCUGUGGACCUGACCGCUGACAGGGGACUCGCGAAGCGGCAGAUGCUGUAUUCAGAGCUCUGUUCCUGCAUCAGAAGCCACCAGAAAAUCACAAAGUAA